AUGAUCAAGUUUGCUUUCUUGUUGCCUUUCUUGUUUUCAGCUCUGGGCACCUGCAUCAAUGCUGAGCGAUAUAUACCACCCACCUUUGGAUUUUCUGUAUCACUAGAGGCCUUGCUGCCGCUUUUGAAACUGCAGGAAAAGACGGUGGCAAACCUUCGCAGCUAUGCCCAAACUUUGCAACAGCAAAUGGCAGAUGUCCAACUAGCCAUUCGAAUGUAUGAGGAUCUGCAAAGGAAAGCGACCUUAAAUUCGAUGAAUUUAAUGCAUCAGUUCUCUGUGAUACGUCACAUGCAUCUGGAUUGGGCCAAGUGGCUUAGUGUUAUGCGUGCCCCCAAGGAACAGAUACAGAUACAGAUUCUAAAGGAACUGCAACCACAAAUGCCCACAAAUAUGGAUCUUGUGGAGGCUCUCAAGGGGCUCCAGCGCAUACAGUAUACUUGGGAUUUGGAACCCGCGGACAUAGCCAGAGGAAACCUACACGGCAGACAGUACAACGUUAAGCGGUGGGGAGCUUUUGAGACAUUCGUGCUGGGAGUUUUUUGUCAACUUCAAGGGUAUUACAAGGACGCUGAUGCUUGGCUGACACUGACGCGGGACAGUUACAGGCGACAUCCCAAUCCCAGACAGCUAGGAUUCCGUCACUGGACCUAUGACCACGUAUUGGAGUACUUGAUGCUUGCCAACAUUGGCUUGGGUAAAUUUGAGGCUGCUUUGGAACAUGCGAAAGAACUAUUGGUACUUCAGCCUUACGAUAAAUUCUUCCAAGACAAAGUACAAGAACUUGGUACGAAAUCAGAUGAGCAAAAACCAAAAUCAUCAUUACCCAUAGAUGUGGAUGCGAAGCUACUCAAGAGAUUGUGCCGCCAGCAUCAGUCACCGCCUGCUGGCAGGCUGCACUGUCGUUACAUGAGGGGAGUGGAUUUUCUUCGCUUAGCGCCGCUUAAAAUUGAAGAACUUUCUCUUAUGCCACUCAUCAGUUUAUAUCAUGAUAUCCUCAGCGAUGAAGAACUGGCUAUGGUCAGGCGUUUGGCAAGUCCGCUUUUGAAACGGAACAAAAUAACAUACAGGGAAAUCGACAGUUUCACGGACUACACGGCCACACGCCCCUGGCAAUCAGCAGAACUAAGCAGCUCAAUGCAUAAGAUAAUUAGCUCCUUGAAUAGAAGGAUACACCAAGCCAGCGGCUCCAGCUCGCCUCAGUUCGAUGAUCUGCAAGUCAGGAACUUUGGCAUUGGCGGACACUUCUUAGAGCCUCCUCCAGGGGAUACAGCUGUCGUCACUGCCUUGCUUUAUCUGAGUAAUGUCAGGCAAGGAGGUGAAAUACAUUUUCCCUCUCUAAAUCUACGGGUCACUCCACAAAAGGGUUCGCUUCUGGUGUGGCCCAGGACAGGCGAUUACCACAUUGAGUGUCCCGUCAUUGUGGGGAAUAAGUGGGUUGCUACGAAACAGAUAGAAUAGUUUAUUCGGUGGUGAUCCCUAAACUAUGUACAAAAAUUUUUUUAAAAAUUAACUUGGCUUCAUAUCCAAGAACAACAAAAAUUUUAAGUAAAGUACCGGGAGUAUAUGUAAUUAAAGUGCAACUAAUUGCUUAGGUCAUUUAAUUUUCUACAGUUUUAAGUAGGUUUGGUGUAGGUAGGUGCUUUCUUAGUAGGUGCCAAGGUUUGACAUUGAAGUACCAGCGAAACCUGCCUGGCAUGAUACCUUUCUUGAGGCCUUUGCAGCAAGUGAAGCAAGCAUCGGUCAAGAAUCUUCACUGGUCUAUGUGAAGGUGUGGGAAAAGCCAUCUAGACAGAAGGGCUGCAGAUAAGCCACGGACUUUUGAAAUUAUAGAGGAGAACAUGAAAGGGAGUCCGGUGAUCGCGUCAUUGCACCAUUGAUCUAUGCUUUUUCCCCUCUCAGCCUGUGCAUUCUCACGAAGAAGGGUCCCCUUGUGGUGUAGCCAAACUGGGUAAUCCUCCUCUAUACUCUCAAGGUUAAGACACCGCGGAAAUAUCGAAGCAUGAAGCAUACAGAAAUCAUAUUAGCCAAGCGUCUCACCAAGUGAUUCAUACAGAUUUUCAAGUCAGUUAAAAUUUGUUAUUGCCAUGGUUAAAUUGUGCCUGUUCUUCCUGCUUCUAAUGGCUGUUGUUUGCCUCCAGGCUAAGGGAGAGACGGAUGAUUACAGAUCCCGGGAAUCUUUGCUACCCAUUCCUUUGCAAACACACUCCCCCUGAGUAUGAUUGGGGAUAUUGAUGCAAGGAUGGCGUGACAAAAAUUUGGAAAAGCUGGAAAUAAUUGUAACGUAGCUCAGAUUUGGGAAAUAAUCAAGCAUGAAGCAUAAUGAAAACAUAUUA